UAUUUUGCAAGGAUUUUUGGUUUGCCAUUUUCCUUAUUAUUUGGCCCCCCACUCCACUCCCCUACACGCCACGCCACCAACAGAGAGAGAGAGAGAGAGAGAGAGAGCGCUCCAGUAAUGGCAGCGAACAACUCGGGUGACUCUUCCCAACGGUUAUUAGGGAAAGUGGCAUUAGUUACUGGUGGUGCAACUGGCAUUGGAGAGAGCAUUGUACGCCUAUUCCAUAAGCAUGGUGCAAAAGUUUGUGUUGUUGACAUUCAAGAUGAUCCUGGCCAGCAUCUCUGUAAAACCCUUGGUGGUGAUCAGAAUACAUGCUUUUUCCACUGUGAUGUCACAGUAGAGGAUAAUGUUCUCCGUGCAGUUGACUUUGCAGUCGAUAAAUUUGGCACACUUGAUAUCAUGGUUAACAAUGCUGGGAUAGGUGGAGCCCCUUGUCCAGAUAUCCGCAAUGCAGACCUAUCUGAGUUUCAGAAGGUAUUUGAUGUGAAUGUGAAGGGGGUAUUUCUUGGAAUGAAGCAUGCAGCUCGUAUAAUGAUUCCAAGGAAGCAGGGCUCAAUUAUUUCCAUUUGUAGUGUUGCAAGUGCCAUUGGAGGAAUAGGUCCACAUGCAUACACAGGGUCCAAGCAUGCUGUUUUGGGACUCACCAAGAAUGUUGCAGCUGAGAUGGGGAAAUAUGGUAUACGUGUUAACUGUGUUUCUCCUUACGGAGUUGCAACAAGCUUGGCUUUGGCUCACUUGCCCGAGGAGGAGAGAACUGAGGAUGCAAAGGUAGGUUUCUGUAAUUUUGUUGGGAGGAAUGCUAACUUGCAGGGGGUGGAACUGACGGCCGAUGAUGUGGCGAACGCUGUGCUUUUCUUAGCCAGCGAGGAAGCAAGGUAUAUGAGUGGGGCUAAUCUGAUGGUUGAUGGGGGUUUCACCUGUACAAAUCACUCACUUCGUGUCUUCCGCUAAAUAACAAUGUUCUUUGUGGGUGCUUUCAUGGGGCAGGUUAAUGGUAGUGUUAUUGGCUGCGGUUAUUCUAAAAGACUUUUUUUCUUUUCUUUUUUGUUCUUGUUAUAUAGUCUGCUAACUUUGUAGGCUUGCAAUGAGUGUGCUAAGUUAUUGGAGACCGUUUCAAUAUUCCUGUGUCUUGUAUUUGUAAUGAUAGAUGAUGGUAAAAGUAUUCUGAUUUUGAAUAUUCAGUAUCAGUUGUAAACUAUAGAUGAUCGUAACUUGGUGA